AUGGAGACAACUUUCAGUGCAAAUCAGUCUACAUGGAGCUUUGUCGCAAGGUUGUUGCUUCCUUCUGUGAAAAGGAAGGCUCCUUUGGAGCUGGCCUUUUUUGCUUGGAUUACGGCUUUGGUUUUUACUUUGCCUAGAGUAGGGGAGGAUUAUACUAGACUGGUGUCACAUUUGAGGCAGUUGGGUGUGCUCGAAGAAGGAUGUGGGAAGUCCUGGAUGUUGCCCUUUGUCAGAUCUGGAGCAUUUGGAAGGAGUACUGGAAAAGAAGACAAAGCUUAA